CAUUAUCUCCAUUUUUCCCCAGCCUUGGAGGCUUGGAGCACGCUUUGAUGCGGCAUUGCAGCAAAUGGACCCAUCGCAGUUGAUGCGGCAUUUGUCAGCUGGCGCCAAAGGGCGCGCCAGACAACUAUCGUGAGCCGUAGCCCAAACAUCAAGUGGGAGGAAAAGGCUGGGUCCCAGCCCCAAAGUGGAGGCUCAGCUGAAGACUUUGGGGAUACAAGAAGGAGGACACGCCGUCGACGUGAACGUGGGCAGCAGUCCUCCAGACACACUCACCUCAUACCCGUAACCCAACGCCAACAUGACAUACACCCUCUACAUCGGCAACAAGCGCUACUCGUCCUGGUCCAUGCGACCAUGGGUCCUGCUCAAGGCGCUCGACAUCCCCUUCACUGAGAAGCUGUACAUGUUCAAGGCAGGCCUCCGCCAGCCCGAGUUCCUCCAGUUCUCGCCCUCGGGAAAAGUGCCCUGCCUCCACCACGACGACACGUCCAUCGUCGUCUGGGACUCGCUCGCCAUCUGCGAGUACGUCGCCGAGAGCCAUCCCGCCGCCUGGCCCGCCGACGCAGCGGCGCGCGCCUUUGCUCGGUCUGCUGCGGCUGAGAUGCACUCCUCCUUCCAGGCCAUCCGUGACGAGUGCUCCAUGAACGUCGCGCUGCGCAUUGAGCUUGGGACACCUGGUGAGGCUCUGCAGAGGGACCUGGACCGCUUGACCGCGCUCUUCACGGAAGGACUUGAAAAGUUCAAGGGGCCGUUCUUGGCGGGGGAGACGUUUACCGUGGCCGACGCCAUGUAUGCGCCCCUUGCGUCCCGGUGCAAGACGUAUGGUAUUGAGCUGGAUGGUGCCGCGGGCGAGUACAUGCAGCGCUUGUUCGAUCACCCGGCCGUGCAGGCGUGGGUGCAGGAGGGCAUUGCUGAGAAUGAGAUUGAGCCAUACCACGAGGAGGACUGCAGGCGAGGGCGCAAGGUUCUUCAAGAUCUUACCAAGCAGUAGCCUGGUCUGCUUGCUGGAGUGGACAAGUCGUCGUCAGGGAGUCGGC